AUGUUUCUGAUUGUUGAGGAAAGUGGACCGUGGAAGGUGGAUGCCGUUAAGGCUGGACUCACCCACUCCCUGGCCGACUUUAGGAUUGUAGAAAGCAGGGUCUCAAGCGUGGAGACGGAGGAGAGAAUUCGGCUUCUGGUGCUGGGUCUGCUGACGAAGAUGUCUCGAGUCCGUCCGAAUAAUUCAGCGUCCGAUGGUUCGUCUGUGGACUGCGAGGGCCAUGUAGGAUACGAGGGUGAAGGGGAGGACGUAGGACGUGUGGGAGAGCGAAGAGUCAACAUGGGAAAUAAACUGUCUAGUAAACAGAAGAAAAAACGCAAGGAAAAAGUUGCAAGUAGUCUGCAGAUACGUAAUGACUUUUUGACUGGUAGGAGUUUGACAACUGAAAGGGAGAAGUGUUAUGAUCCUCGAGACAGAACACUUACAUUUGUGAAUGGAGAUGAUGAUUUAGAUUUUUUGUGCGAGGACUUCAAGUCUCUCAGAGCAAAGAUGUCCUGUGGUCAUGCCGUCACUCCGAUGUCUCUCACCAACUGGUGUCGCAGGUUGCUGGACCAGGGUGAGUGCAGAUUUGUGUGCGGCCAAACUGACUGUCAUGUUGAGUGGCCGUUUGAGGAGGUUUGUAAAAUGGCUCUUCUAACUAAAGAAGAAAUGGAGUACUUUGAAAAAACACUCUUCCGUAAUGUUGCACAGGAUUACUUGGAUGUCAAAGUAUGUCCUGGCUGCAAGUCUCGCGUGGUGAGAGCUGAUCUCAGCGAACUAAGUGUUGAAUGCACAACAUGCACAGCUGCCAAAAAAAGGCCUUAUAUGUUCUGCUGGCAGUGUUUGAGGGAAUGGAGAGGUCCGGCUCCACGUUCAGACCGCUGUGAAAAUUAUGGCUGCAUCAAUCAGCCACUAGAAACACUGAGAAACUGUUUACAUAUCACCUUCAACGAUGUGAGGGGUGUCACUGGCUGUCCCUGCAUUCGUGCCUGUCCCACCUGUGGCUUGCUGGUGGAGCAUAACAAAACUCAAUGUAAGAAUAUCAUCUGCCUUCGUUGUAAGGUGGAGUUCUGUUUUGUUUGUCUGAAGCUCACUGAAGAGUGCCUGAAAUCAUCCACACAUUUUCAAGCUUGCUCAACUGGUGUAGCACCUAGACAGACCUCUAUACCUGUGUGGCAGAGGAAAUAA